GCAGAGUAAAAAAGUAUUCAGUGCUACUUUAGACCUAAGAAAUGAAGGGACAUCCCUUGCAGGGACUGCUUUCUAAGAAAACUUGGAUUUUCAGAGACCCUGCAAGGCAAAGUGGGGUGUUGUACAGUCAGGCACCUAGGCUUAUAGGGAAGACACAUAAGGCAUAGAUAGUCUGUGCAGGCACAGAUAGACUGAGAAGAAGAUUUUCCUACUAAGUACAGAAAAUUGGCACUGUAAGAAGCUUACACUCUAACUCUACCUGGACACAGACAGAAUCCUGGGCUAAGAACAGAAUUCUGCCAUUAUAAUGGGUCAGAACAGGCUGGAGUCCCUUCUGCAGCUGAGGAGCUGUGAGGUUCAGCUCACAUUAUCUGGCAGUAAUCUAAGCUGGACAUUUCAGAAGAGAAGGUUCUGCUGGGGCAGAGAGGGGCCUUCUGUCUCCAUUCCGGUGAAUGAAAUUGUUGCGGUGCAUCAGGGAGACAGGAAAGAACAAAGCAAAACAAUUGAUGCUCCUAGCAACCGCUUCACAGUUUACCACAUCUCUCGCAAGUCAGCUCAGCAAUGGAUUCUAGAAGUCUCCACUUUCACAGCGCACAGUUGCCAGGAAGCGUACGACUGGGUGACGGUUCUGCAGGACAGGAUUCACAGCAACGGAGCAGAAAGGCCACGGAAGCUGCUCAUAUUUAUAAACCCAUAUGGAGGCCGUGGCAAAGCAGCAAGAAUUUAUAGCAAAAAAAUAUGCCCCCUCUUCCAGCUGGCAGGAAUCGAGCAGGAUGUGAUUGAGACGAAAAGGGCAAAUCAUGCUAGAGAUUACAUUAUGGAAACAGAUCUAUGGAAAUAUGACGGGGUAGUGUGUGUUGGGGGUGACGGCAUGUUUAGUGAGUUGCUACAUGGAGUGGUCAGACGGGCGCAGAUGGAGAGCAAAGUGUGUGAGAAGAAAGAGGGGGCAACGCUGACACCUUGCAAGCUUCGCAUUGGUAUCAUUCCUGCAGGCUCCACCGACUGUGUUUGUUUUGCCACUGUUGGAAUCAAUGACCCGGUUACUUCUGCACUUCAUAUUAUCAUUGGGGACACCCAACCCAUGGAUGUCUGUGCAUCGUACCACUCUGGAGAGCUUAUGAGAUACUCCGUGUCUCUAAUCGGAUAUGGAUUCUUUGGGGAUGUUUUGCGAGAGAGUGAGACCAUGCGCUUUUUAGGACCGUUUCGAUAUGACUUGUCAGGUUUUAAGAUGGUGCUCAGCAACCGGUCGUACAGCGGGACAGUGGAAUUCCUGGAGGCAGAUGACGAUCGAUCCAGUCCAAGGGACAACACUCGCUGCAGAACUGGGUGCCAGGUCUGCUCUGAAUCCUCGGAAAGACGGAAAGAGGAGAGUGAUGCGGAAUCCCACUGCUGUGACUCAGAAAUAUGGCAAAAAAUUUCUGGCUCCUUUGUGGCUAUCAAUGUCACUGGCAUGUCCAGUGCAUGUCCGAAAAGCCAGGAUGGUCUUUCUCCAACAGCGCACUUGGCCGACGGCACUGCUGAUCUCAUUUUGGUGCGAGAGUGCAACAUGUUCCAGUUUCUGAGGCAUCUCAAGAGACACACCAACAAAAAGGAUCAGUUCGCAUUACCAUACGUGGAAGUGCAUCGUAUUCGUGCCAUGCGCUUUACCCCUGAGAAGCUGGACGAGGAGAAAGCCACCUGCCGGCGUAAGGACUUCUUUUCAUCGAUUUGUGGCAUGCCCCCUGAAACCAGCAGCUGGAAUUGUGAUGGGGAGAUCCUAGACUGUGCACAGCUCAGCGUCAGGGUGCACCACCAACUUAUCCAACUUUUUGCACGAGGAAUUGAAGGCACCUCAUGUAGCCGAUGAGAAUCCUUUACCGCUGCUAUUUCUUCAUUCCACCCUCAGUGCUUGGAAGAAUAAAACCACAUGGAUAUUUAUUGACAUGGUGCUUGGUCCCUAAUAGAUGAUUACAGAUCCAUGCUAACUGCUGCUGGAACGGCAGAGACUGACACUUCCGCACCAUCGUCAUUAUGGGCACAGUCCAAGAUCAGCACAAUACUGCCACUUUCAAAGAUUUAUGCACUUGAAGACAUUAAGGAAAAUUACUUUCAAGGUGAAAGGUUCCAUAAGGAGUUUAUUAUAAACUUUUAUGUAUUUUGCAACUAGUAAAUUCCAUCCAUAACUGUGAACUGCAGAGAAGUUCAUCAAGUACCUCAACAGUUCCGAGUACCUCACCUAAAAAAACAUUUCUCAAGACAUUUAAAUUGUUUAGAGAAAGUUCUGUUACCAAAUUCAAGUGGUACAGAAAAGAUCCCAUCUCUAAGAGAUGUCCAGAUGGAUGGUUUCAGCUAUACAGAUAUAUGAACUUAUUAUAUGGGACUGUUCCACUAUUCCAUUUCAAAACAUGCCAGAAUCAAUUCAGCUUGCUGGACAAGAAGCUCACUCAAUAAUGCAUUGAUAGUACAUCUAGUUGCAGACAUGAUCAUUAGUUUUUAUUAAAUUUUUGUUUUUGUAAUUUUGUUCAUGUUUAAGCUGGCCAUGUGUAAAAAGAAACUUGUUCUAGCAGGAUCUAAAUUGGGUUCCAAGGAUUUGCCCAGGCUGUGCAAGUUGGGUCACAAUGUCAGAAUAAUUGCUGUGAGUGCAACCCCCCCCCCCCCAUUUUCUAUCUAAUUUGGAUCGUACUGGUUGCUUCUGCUUAUCAGCCCGUACAUGCACAGGUGUUAACCCUUGCAUUUCCUUUUGGUCGCUUGUUUAUGCGCUCUACCGCUUGGGAACACAAGUUCGAAUGUCCUCAUGCCCACAGCACCAUUGUAAACCACCGAAUGCAGAUAUGGCAUUUUGCAAAGAGCAAAAAAGGCCACAAUCUACUAUUGUAUGGCUGUGGGCUUCUGUGGUUGAUUUCAGAGCACAGAGACCUGAGGCUAGCCCCUUGAAUAAAGCAUUUCUUGCGUUAGGUAUUGCUCUAUCCAAGAGGGCGGGCUGAGGGAGACACAUAGGCACCCACUCCUACUUGUGCUCUGAGGGCUGGCGGGACACUGGGAAAAAAAGUCUGCUCUUCAUCAAGAUCUGCAGGUACUACCCCAGAUAGUGCCCAUGUGUAAGGAGAAAAAAAGUAAAAGGUACACUGUGCCAGGAGGGGAUAUGCUGGCUAAUGUGGGUGGGAAUUAGUGAUGGGGGUGGUGAUAGUAUUGAGCCCUUAAGGUUGCACCCCCAGUGGACCCAGUACACGCCAGUCCGACACUGUGUACGUCAGUUAGAAGAACAAGUUAUGGAGAAGCAGAAGGCAAAGGUUGGAACUGGGCCCUGUUCUUAAUUCCUGCCCAAUAGCAGGCAGUAAGGACAGGGUUUGCUUGCACUUUCUGACACUCUGCUCCUCACCCCAUUCAGAGGGAUAAUAUGCUCCUAUUUAGUAGUUGAUUUACAUGCAUGUUAUAGACUGCACUGGUUUCUGUGCAGCCAUACAGUGUGCAUCUAUAAUUAUACAGGUGCUCACUUUUAAAGGGGUAAGGUAGUAACCCCUAAUAAUAUACACAUAGGCCUUGGUGUAAAAAGGUUGGUGCUAACAAUAACAUCUGGUGCAUACAUUUGUUUAGUCAAAGUGAUUUGGCAAUUCCUUACAGAGGAAACUGAAAGAAGCCCAAACAAAUAUAUUGUUGCUGAAUGCUGCCAUAAAGUAACUCCACCCUGUGUCAAUGCCACCCAAAAUGAAAACUGAGAAUGGGAACACAACACACCUUUCAUUACUUUUAAUUUGAAUGUGCAGUUGAUUAGGCCAGGGCUAGGCAAAAUUCAGGUCUGGAUUGGCAAUGUGUGGAUUCUGGCUAACUUUUGUAAUGCUCGGGUUGCUCCCCAAGUUAUUUUACAUUUGACAGGUAAAAAAGGUUGGGGACCUCUGCCAUAGACAGUCACUAUUUAUUGGGCCUGUUUGGGCCUCUGUGUACUGGAAAUUGCAGGGCCUAUUUCUCAUUUUGGACAAGAUAGGCAUCCUUAACCCAAGGCUCUCAUAAGGGCAUUCAAAGGAUUUCCAAGGAUUCCCAUUUCAGGUGACAUUUCAGAAGAAUGCCUAUUUGCUCUCUUAGAUACACCUGAAACUCAGUUUGAAAAUCAGAGUAAAAUCUGUGUUAAAACCUAUUUUUUGUCAUAGAUUUUUUUUAUAACCAAAUGACUAAUACACCAUUUUUCUCUUUUAUCUGUAAUCUUGUAAUGAGUUAAAAGGGACCCUGACCAAAAGGUUGAAAUCUGCAAGGGACACUUGAAUGGAAAAAACAGCCCAACAACAACUGCAUUAAAGGGUUGUAAUAUCAAAUGGUCAUACAAAGUUACAGUAGCAGAAGCUAAAUUGUGUGCGGCCAUGGCAGGCGGUUGAGUUACAGCUAGGGUUCACGUUGUAGGAUGUCAAGCUGUCUGUCCAAACAGAUGUCAUCAAAUACAACUUUCACUAUAUCCAUUUAGCCGCUACCUUCUUCCCUUUUUUAAAUGCAGGAUGGAAUAAAGGGCCCAUGAGUAGGAAGAAUAAACCAUAAAACUGUACUCCAACUCAGUACUCAGCAAGCUAUGGCACCAUGGAGGCGCUGCUGUAAGAUGUCAUAGACAGUCACUAUUUAUUGGACUGGUGGGGGGCUAUUUGGGGCUCUGUGUUCUUUAAAAGACAGGGCCUACUUUGAAUCCCAGUCAAGGCCUGUCCCAAACACAAAUAAGGCAUUGGGCUUGGAUCAGGUCAUGGUACAGCCAACACCGUAUAUAUUUAUACUGAGCCCUAGACAUGGCGGCUAUCCUGUCUUCUUACCUAUGCGACUGGUCCAUGCUCCAAUCUUGUAGGAAAAGUGUACUCCCCAUCAGCCCACCUAACAAAGUUAGCCACAGAUGUUUGGUGUUAGGCAUGUUUUUAAGUCACCUGAGAGCCCUAUGAGGGGGCCUAUAUAGAAAAUACAUCCCUGGGUACAGCCACAUAAUGGUGUUAUAGGUUGGUCAUGAUCAUAUCAGGGCAUCUGACAUGGGACAGUUGCACCUUUGGACCCUGGACUCAAUUCACCUGGAUAACAACCAUCAUUGCAUAGCUCACCUAGCAUUUGGUUGCAUCAACUUCACAAAUCGGCCAUAGAGAGGUUGAUAAAAGCUGCCAAUGGUCCAAGCUUAUUGGCCAUCUAUGGGAACUCCACACAGGCCUAACCGACCGAUAUCUGGCUAAAAUCAGGCAAAUGUCUAUCGGGAAGGGUUAUAAAUCCUGUUUAGGUGGUCUUUGUCUUGAUGGCCUGUAUUUCAUCAAUGUGAUCCAAAAUCACCCACCUCAAGGUGGGCAUAUGGAGGAAGGUUUCCCGUUUUUUAGUGACCUGCCAAACGAGUGGAUCUUUCAGUUGAUGGGCACCUUAAUCUUGGAAUUAAAAAAAAAAGACACAGCAAUGUGCACAAACUUAUUUACUAAUCCAAUGAUAUUAAAAUAAAGCAGGAAAAAAACUGGGACUCCUUUGUACUUCUUUCUACAAUACAUGUGUAAACCCCUUAAAUACAAAAGCAUCUGCAAGUGCCCUUCUGCCCAACUGUAACAUUGGCACCUACAGCAGAUUAGCAAAAGCAAGUAGGGAGGGGUGAGAAAAGGGGAAA